CUUUGCUAAAGCUUUUGAGUUUUGAAUGGUAUCCAGUGAUGGUUUCUAUUCUAAAAAUGAGAAAGCUCUAAAAAAAUUGCCUUAUUCCUGGCGACAGCCUAUACUUUGGACAAAGAUUAAAAAUUUAAAAUAAGGAAAACUAGUAACAAGUGUUAGAGGGUGACAGGGCAUACGGUAUGAGAAAUUAUAAGGAAUUAGGAAAAGGAGUGAAUGGUAAUAUGAGGGUUUAAAUGAGUGUUUGAUUGGUAUUCUGAAAAGAUCCUUAUUUGAAAAAUCUGGAUCGUUGGUUUAGGGGAUGAUAAAGAAAGAAGAAAAAGGUAGAAAAGAAAAACAACGACAGGCGUUUAUUUAUUUACUAAUCUAACAUGGCAAUCCUAGGUAAAUACUAUUAAUGUGUCUUUUAGAAUGUUAACUGUAGUGGGAGUGAGGACGUGAUUUUGGUAAUACAUAUAGCAUUAAGAGAGGAAGUGGUAGAGGUAGAGGUAGAGGUAGAGGUAGAGGUAGAAGAGAGAAAAUGAGCGUGAAGGUGAAUUGUGUGAGUGGCGACACCCACAACGUGUUCGUUUACGGUAGUCUCUUGGCCGAUGAGGUUGUCCAAACCCUAUUGAAGCGCGUCCCUCCAACCGCACCCGCCAUCCUUCAAGACUAUCAUAGGUUUAAGAUUAAAGGUCGCGUUUAUCCCGCUAUUCUCCCCGUCCCCAAUAACAAAGUUACUGGCAGGGUGCUUCUCGGCAUCUCCGGACUCGAACUCAAUAUUCUAGAUGACUUUGAGGAUGUUGAAUAUACUAGAACUCAUCUUCAGGUUUCCUUGAUUGACAAGGCUGAAAAUCUACAAGUUUACGCUUAUGUUUGGAGCAACCCAAACGAUCCCAACUUGUAUGCAGAAUGGGAUUUUGAGGAAUGGAAACAAGUUCACAUGAAUGAUUUCGUCAAGAUGACUGAUGGCUUUAUGCAAGAGUUGGAAUUGCCAGAAUCAAAGCCAAGAGUGCAGACUUACGAAACCUUCUACAAGCAAGAAAACGAUAAGCCACCUGAACCUUGACGUUUACAUUUUAUAAAAAUUCUGCAAUCUGUGCACUGUGCAGAGUUGUAUGCUUCGAUUAAGAAUCAUACUAUUCACUGUUAAUAAUUACUAGUUCCCCUCCGAAUAAUUUCCUUUGAUGAUUUAAUAAGCACUUGAACUUUGAUGUUUGCAGUUUAUAAAAAUUCUGUAUUAUGUGCACUGUGCAGAGUUGUAUGCUUCGAUUAAUAAUAAUACAAAUAUACUAUUCACUGUUCA